AUGAAGAAUAAGAUGAUUAUGAUGAUGAAGAAGAAGAAUAUGAAGAAGAAUAUGAAGAUGAAGAUGAAGAAGAUGAUGAAGAAGAAGAAGAUGAUGAUGAUGAUGGAUGAAGAAGAAGAAGAUGAUGAUGAAGAAGAAGAAGAAGAAGAUGAUGAAGAAGAAGAAGAUGAUGAUGAUGAUGAAGAAGAAGAAUAUGAAGAAGAAUAUGAAGAUGAAGAUGAAGAUGAUGAAGAUGAUGAAGAAGAAGAAGAAGAAGAUGAUGAUGGUGAUGAAGAAGAUGAAGAUAAAGAAAAAGAUGAUGAAGAUGAAGACGAAGAAGAAGAAGAAAAUGAAGAUGCUGCUGAUGAUGAUGAAGAAUAUGAAGAAGAUGAAGAAGAAGAAGAAGAAGAAGAUGAUGAUGAUGAUGAUGAAGAAGAAGAAGAAUAUGAAGAUGAAGAUGAAGAAUAA